AUGUCGGUCCACUUCACUUCUAUUUCACCAGACAAUCCCAUUAGGGAAGGGGAUGUUGAAUCCCUACUGGCCAUGAUCAACGUUGAAGCUCGCACCGAAGACCUCGAUGACUUCAAAACCCUGCUCGCAGCUGUCCAUGACUGCGCAGACUUCGUCAAUAAGCUCCCGGAUUACCAGCCCCCACUGAGCAAAUACGCAAGGCAGAAUAUUCGGCGUGCAUCACCGGAGGAGCAAGCUCUUGGGCAUGCGGGGGCGCACCUCUUCUUGAUACAAGGUGAGCCACAAGGUCCACUCGCCGGUAAGAAAAUCUCAGUGAAAGACAAUAUCGCUGUUGCAGGUGUGCCCCAGAUGUAUGGAACAGAUGCAUUCCCUGCGUGGAUUCCUGACUGCGAUGCAACGGUGGUAUCGCGAGUCCUAGAGAAAGGAGGAACCAUCGUGGGCACGUCAACCUGCGAGAAUCUAUGUAACUCGACUUCGUCGCACACAAAUGCACAGGGCACCAUUGACAACCCAUAUGCAACAGGAUAUUCAGCUGGGGGCAGCACUUCGGGGGGAGGUGCACUUGUUGGAGCGGGGUUGGUUGAUAUCACGCUUGGUGCAGACCAAGGAGGGAGUAUCAGAGUUCCCGCUUCAUUCUGCGGAUGCGUUGGUUUUAAACCUACCCACGGGCUAGUCCCCUAUAGUGGGUUGUCGAGCGGUGAUGCUCUUAAUGACCAUGCAGGCCCAAUCACCAGAUCUGUUUACGAUGCUGCCUUGGUGUUGGACGCUAUAUGCGGCUAUGACGGGAUGGAUGAUCGAAGCUUAGGUGCACCGAUGCCCGGGUCAACCGACUUCGCUGGCAAGCUCAGGGGUCCACCGCCUCUGUUAACCGGGUUCAAGAUAGGAUUGCUAAUAGAAGGCUUGGACCGUCCUGGGAUGGACCCUGCCGUUUGCAAAUCCGUCCGCUACGCAGCCGAACGAUAUCAGAAGCUUGGCGCAACAGUAGAGGAAGUAUCAAUCCCAGACCACCUUCUUGGUACCUAUAUCUGGACCAUUCAGCAGCGUGUCGCAACCUCCAUGAAUCUCCUUGGUAACGCCCACGGGAGACAAGGUCUCCAGCUGGUAGGGCUAGAGCUGGCAAGACUACCGUGGACGACUGAGAGUUUCCAGAAAUGUUUUCCAUCCACGCAGAAUGUUAUCAUCAACGGCCUCUAUCUAACAUCGCGAUUUCCUGGGCUAUACGCCAAAACGAUCAACAUUGCCCGGCGCUUACGAGACUCUUUCGAAGCUGCACUAUCUGAAUAUGACGUUAUUAUUACGCCGACGACGCCGGUUGUUGCGCCCCCGCAUGGGAAGCGUAGUACGCCGAUGGAGUCUCUGAGGCCGAGCAUGGGGAUUACCCAGAAUACUGCUAUUUUUAAUAUUACCGGCCAUCCAGAAAUCUCAGUUCCCGUUGGGUUUGCUCCAUCAAGCCAUGAUCCAGCAGUAAAGCUUCCGGUUGGGAUGCAGAUUGUCGGUGCACUAGGAAAAGAUGAAAAGGUAUUGACGGUUGCUCAUGCGUGGGAAACGGGAUUUGAUUGGAAAGCUGAUGGGGCCGAGAAAAAGAACAUUCCUUCCUUGCUGUGA